CUUGAAUAUUUAUGAGCUUUGCUUGAAACUGACUCGCUGUGUUUACUUGCCUCUUUGUUCCAGACCCCCACCCUCCCCCUUACACACACACAUACACACACAUUUUAAAAAAUCCAUUACACGUGAAACUCUUUCUAGUUCCUUCUUUUAAGGGGCAUUUUUUAAAAGAAACUAGUUGCACAGAUGAAGCAAGAUCCACAGAACGGUGAUCUUAAGAAACAAAUCCAUGAGAGGCAAUCGAGAAUAGCUGCUCUUAAUGAAAAACAAAAGCUGGCCGUGCGGAGCUGCUCGGCCGCGGUGCUGGGGGGCAGCGCAGCAGCAGGGAACGGCGGCGCCAGCGGCGGCAGCAGCAGCACCAAACAGCCGGUGCUCCUCCCAGCCCCCGCCGGCGGAGGAGGAGGCGGCGGCGGCGGCCCCAGCUCCGGCCCUCCGAGCGUGGCGCUCUCCGUGCUGCCGUCCAAGGGUCCCGUGGCCAUGGUGACCGCGCACCUGAACGGCGGCCGGGGCUGCGGCGCCCAGCAGAGCGCGCCCAUCAACCUGCAGACCAAAGGGGGCUGCGGCGCCCGCCGAGCGCCCGCCGCGCCGGGAUCCCAGAGCCAGGCUUUGGGAACCAUUGCAGCUGUGCCGAUUACAGUUCCUCAGGUGAGCUCCUUGCAGAGGUUGGCAGGACAAAGACCAGCAGUGCUACCUCAGGUUAGGCCAAAGACCCUGAUUCCAGACAGCCUCCCUAUAUCUCCAUGCAGAGACCAACCUUCCAAACAACCUUCUGCGUUCCAAAAGGCAACUGUAGUCAGCAUCAAAAACCCCACACCCGCCCUCCCCACUGCCAAUAAUACUGUUAGCCAUGUACAGACACCCAACAGCCAAUCACAAAGUGUCACUGAGUCUACAACAACUGUGUCAGCGCCCCUGAGCACCACAGGUGUGGCCUACGCCAUCAUCUCCACAUCCCCCAACAAUGCAGUUCCUAUCAACACCAGUGCCACUGUUUCAGUGGUCAAUGACGGCAUUAAAGUGCAACCACUCCUCAUCAGCGCUGACAGCAAGGUCAUCAUCAUUCAGCCUCAAGUUCAAACCCAAACAGAGAAUAAAGUGGAGACAAAGAAAGCUCCUGAAGAGUCAGCUCAGGGACCCCCUGCUACCAAAAAGAAAAAAGAGGAAAGUCCAGAGAAAAUUGCCUUUAUGGUAGCAUUAGGCCUGGUUACGACAGAAUACUUGGAAGAAAUCCAAAGUAAGCGUCAGGAGAGGAAAAGAAGAAGCACAGCCAACCCAGCCUACAGUGGGCUUUUGGAAACAGAGAGGAAACGUCUUGCAUCAAAUUAUUUGAACAAUCCCUUGUUUCUGUCCACAAGAGCCAAUGAGGAUCCAUCUUGGCAGAAUGAGGUCAGCCAUGAUGAAUAUUGUUCAGCAUGUAAGCGCGGUGCCAAUUUGCAAUCCUGUGGAACAUGCCCCAGAGCCUAUCACCUCAACUGCUUGGACCCUCCCUUGAAGACUGUCCCCAAAGGGGUCUGGGUCUGUCCUAAGUGCCAAGAAAAGGUGUUAAAGAAAGAUGAAAAUGUGCCAUGGGCUGGAACUCUGGCGAUUGUUCAGUCCUACGUUACUCAUAAAACAGUCAAAGAAGAGGAGAAGAGGAAGUUAUUAAAGAGAAGCAGUGAACUGAGGGGAGAACACAGGAAGCUAGAGGAAAAAGAACACUUUCUCAAUAAUGCAAUGAAGAAGUGCUUAGAGCGAAAAAACAGCCUAUUGGCCCAGCAGAAAGGGGUUCAAUCAUCGCUGGAACGCCUCAAAACUCUCAUUAGACUGAUACAGAAUGAGCAGAUGAUUCAGGUUACCAUGACAACCACCACCACCUCCUCCCUGCUAACCGUCCCCUGGAUCAAACCGUCUUCUGCCUCAGCUGCUGCCGUACACAAAGCCUUGCAGCCGACACAGGGGAACAACUGACAGGGGCUGCCUGAAAACCUGGUUUUUCUUUUUUGAAAGGAAACAAAAGGUGAACUUUAGAUAGAUGCAAACACAAUAGCUGUGGAAACACUGCAGCUGCAUCGAGAAGGAGACUUGAGGGGAGGCGGGGGAACGGAAAGACUUUGUUGUCAAUUUUUAUUACACCAGGAUGUUGGGUGAACCACCCGGUUGACUUCGUUGGUGUCAUGGCAACUUUCUACAAAGCAGAUCCUGCUGCAGUUUUCUAUUGCUGAGAUAUUCUGUACUUAGGAUAUUCUUUCUUUCUUUUGUUGCAUUGGCCUUAAAGUAUUUAAUGGAUAAGGAAAAUGAAGCGGCAUAUGUUGGCCAAUGAUGGGACUGUAGUGGUGGAAUGGAAUGGAGCAUCCUUGGGGAGGGAAGGUGGACUUUAAAAAGUUCUCAUUUUGAAGGGAAAAUAGUUUUAAAAGCAAAGAGAUAGUUAGCUAGUAUGCAGGUAGUUGGUAGGGGGAUGCAGGAAUGGUUAAUUGGUGACAGUGAAAAAUGGAAUAGCUUGGAAAUCAACAUGGAUUCCUGAUUUUUUUUUAAAUGAACAAGGUCUGCCACAUUGAUUCAGGUUGAACUGGACAAGGGGCUAUUUGAGAAGAAUUGCAUUUGUGGGACACUCACAGAGCCUUCAAAAUCAAAUCAUUUUUUCAGUAUUAUAGUUGAGAAUUACAGAUAUUUAAAUAAAAAUGUAUGAAAUUAGCAUUUCUAGUGAAAUAUUGAAGUAUUUUCAUGCUGAUGCUUCUUGUAUAUGCGUUCUGAAGUAUUUAAAGAGGUAUGCCUGUAAAACCCCUUAAUUUUGCAGGACCUUUCAACUUAUUUUGCUAUUGAUGUAUUUUUCUCAUGGAGUUUUUUGUGCAAGGUUUAGCAUAAACCAUAAUAGUGACAAAUAUCUUCAGCAGGUUGGAUCUUUAUUAUUAUUUUGAGCGGGGACGGGGUCAGAUUUUUUUUAAAGAAAGAAAGCAAAUAAUCUUUUUUGCUGCUGCUUUUUUUUCCUGUCAAGACAGUACAAAUGAUAUGCCAAAAAACUUUACACUUUUGUACUGCAUUUUUAUUGUAAAAUAGGGAAUGUGAAAAAUGAUUAUUCUUUAUUUUGUUUUAUUUCACUUGCAGAAGUAUCUGCUAAAUAGUACAGGAAAUAAACUGCCUCAAGGGGUUGUUUCAUUUAUUGGAUGUAUCAGGAGCUGCGGGGGAGGGGUGGGCUGUCACAUUCUAAGUAAUCGCUUGCUUUUUGGAAAACCUUUUCUUUUUAUAUUGUUUGUUGAUUUUUACCACAUGUGACAUGUUUAGCACUAGCCUGAGAAAAUACUGGAGAAACUGCUUUAUUCCCCCUCCCCUCUAGCUAGUCUUCCGAUGCAGCAAGCUCAGUCUGGCCCCAUCCGGCCAAGCGGCCUUUGCUGGUGCCCUGAGGCCUACCUCAGAAGUUAGUGGUGGACAAACCAGUUUCCCCUUAGCAUAACUUUCCCAUUCUGUAACCCUAUGAGGAGCACCAUAUCGGAUUCCAGGGGCUGGGGGAUUCAUUCUUGAAUAUUCAGGAUGCAAUCUUAUACAUGUCUACUCAAAUGUUGGUGCCAUUGAUUCCCAUGGUACUUUUUCCCAGGUAAAUUUACAUAGCAGAAGUGAUAACCUCUGGUUUGGGGGGCCUAAUCUGGCCUCCAAGACAGUUUUUCUGCACCCCAAAGAUUUUGCCAAUUUUUUCAGCAGUGACAAACUUUGAGAGAGGGAGUGUGUGUGCGUGCUGGGGUGGGGUGGGCAGAGCCCAACAUGGAUGAGGAUGCAAAAACCCCUCCCCAGGGAGGGGGCAGCAGCCUCUUUCCUCAGCUGAUCUGCAUGGAUUAGCUGAGGAGGGAGGCUGCAAGUGUGUAGGACUGCAAAGAGGCCACACUGACGGCUGGCAUGCAGCCCCUGAAGGAUUGGCUAUGAGGAAAUGUGGCCCUCGGUCACGAAGGAUUAGCCAACUCUGGUGUAUAGGAUUUGAAGUCCUAUAUUACAAAGUAGCAGUGUAUUUUAACAGCAUUUGUUGCAUUACUUUUAGUAAUUCACAAUUAUAGCAUCUUUCUCAAUACUAACACAGCCUUCUUUGUUUGUUUGUUUGUUUUUGUUUGUUUGUUUUAAACAAAUGGAUUUGUGCCUUUGGCAUGCAUACCUAAGACGCAGACCCAUUUCAAAUAUAUAUAUGACAAUAGCAAGUCAGCCUGUAGAACCAGCGAUUUGGCCAGAAAUAUAAGUGCUCCUGAGAAAUAAUUUGAGUGGGGUCAAAACCUCAAGGAAGGGCGUAGGGUACUCUGCCCACCGCCCCUCUCUAAAUGUUGCCCCUGUGUUUAAGUAGGUCUGAAGCAAGAAUCCAUUUCUGCAUUCCACAGGUGAAGCAUCUCACAAUGGCCUAUCACACGGUGCCAAUAAAUCAAGGGAUUUGGCUUUUUAUUGAUUGAUUGGGGGGUCACCCAGCACUAGGCAGCACACGGUCCCUUCAACCAUUUUCACAACUCCGGGAGAAACUGUGCAGUACUAUACAAAUCUAUUUUAAUACACUUAACACUCUGUUGAACAAGAUUUUUAUAUUCUUUUAUUGACAAACAAAAGUGAACUAAGUAAAACACGGUUGUGAUACAUUGGUUAUUGUAUGCCAAUUUAUGCAUUCGAACGUGGCUUGCAAUGUAAAUGUUUUCAGGUUUAAUGGUUCUUUUUCUCCUUCUAAGACGAAUUUAAAGAAAAGGGGAAAGCACAGAAAGUUGAUUUAAUGUGAAAACUUUCUGAAGUGGUUUUCUGGGACUGUUAAAAGUAGUUAUUUUGGAAAAGGGACUGUCCCGUGGAUAGUGUGCAUAGAAAACAAAGUGUUUGUCUUAAAUAUACCAAUGUAGUUUACUUCUUUAUGAUGAAUUAAAACUUGACUGACAGAUUUAA